AGUCUCCAUGCUCUGUUUCUUCUCUGCUUGAUUCCCACGUUCUCUGUUUUCACUGUCCACGAGAGAACAAACUCUCUCUCUCUCUCUGGCUGUGAUUAUCUUGUUGGUUGGAGAUACAGAGAGAGGGAGAGAGUUUUGGUGAUUGGAGCAUGGCCAGAUCGGAGAGCGCAAUCUAUAAGUUGUGCUUGGUGGGUUCCCUGAUUGUGAAUCUCUUCUUCGGGGUGAGUCUUUAUGUGGGUCGUCGUGCCGCGUGGAAGUGCCGCAGUGAUGAGGUGAACAUCCGAGGCUCACUGAGUUGGAGCGGGAGAGCGGCGGCUGAGGCCGAGUCGGCCGCGGCGGAGGAGUGCUCCGGCCACGGGAGGGCGUAUCUCGACGGGAUGGUGGUCGACGGGAGGCCAGUCUGCGAGUGCCACACUUGCUACGGCGGCCCAGACUGCUCCCUCUUCUUGCCCUCUUGCUCUGCCAAUGCCGACGGGGGAGAUCCAUUGUUCUUGGAGCCAUUCUGGAAGCAGCAUGCAGAGAGCAGUGCAGUAGUGGUGGCGGGGUGGCACAGGAUGAGCUACUCCUUCAGUGACCAGACCACCUUGUCCAAAGAGCUUGAGUCUCUCCUCAGGAAGCUCCACUCCCUGGUUGGGAAUGCCAUCACAGACGGCAAACACAUCUUGUUUGGUGGUGGCUCUACCCAACUCCUCGCUGCUGCUGUCCAUGCUCUCUCUCCUGGCAACUCUUCACUUCCUGCUUCAGUUGUGGCCUCCAUUCCCUACUAUGCGCUUUAUCAAAUGCAAACAGAGUUCUUCGACUCGGCAGGCUGCAGCUUUCAGGGAGACACGGCCCGGUGGAACAACGCGACCAACACCACCAGAGACAUCAUCGAGUUCGUGACUGCACCGAACAAUCCCGAUGGACAGUUGAAUGAGGCCGUUCUCCAUGGCCCUAAUGUCAAAACUAUUUACGACCGUGCUUAUUACUGGCCACAUUUCACAGGGAUUCCUUCCCCAGCAGAUGAGGACCUCACCAUCUUCACCAUCUCUAAGCUCACUGGUCAUGCCGGUAGCAGAUUCGGAUGGGCAUUCGUAAGGAAUGAAGAGGUGUACCAGAGGAUGUACAUGUACCUCGAAUUGAACACGAUAGGCGUGUCGAGGGACACUCAGUUAAGAGCUCUGAAGCUUCUGAAAGUGCUCAUCGAAGAUGGAGGGAGGGAAAUAUUCGAGUUUGGAUACAAGACAAUGACCAAACGUUGGGAGAGACUGAGGAAGGCACUGUCCAUGUCGAAAAGAUUCUCUCUCCAGAAAAUCCCACCUGAAAACUGUACCUUCUUCCAGAAAGUCAGGGAUCCAACUCCAGCUUAUGCAUGGGUGAAAUGUGAGAGGGAGGAAGAUAGGAACUGCCUUGAGAUCCUAAAUGCGGCCAAAAUCCUCGGUAGAGGAGGGAGCGUGUUCCAUGACGACGAUCGAUACACGAGGCUCAGCCUCAUCAGGAGCGACGACGAUUUCGAUUUGUUGAUAAGCCGUUUAGAGAAGCUAGUCUCCGGGGAAGACGGAGCCAAAACCAUGUGAUUGUGAAGAAAGAAAAAGGGGUCAAUCUUGCGUUGAUCUGCGAUUCUGGAUGAAAGUGAUUAAAUCGUGGGAUCUUAUGUACAUUUCCCGUGCAGUAGAGAGAGUGUCAUGACUAUUGACCUCUUUAAGAAAGAGUAAUAUGGUAGAUCUUAAAUUUGUAGCUUAUUACAGACAUUUGUGGAAUACCUGCCAAUAAAGCAAGACUGUAUACAUUUUUCUUU